GCUUUAAGAUGAGCUGGUGACCCGCUGAGGGUUGGUACCGGGUGGGCUUGUUAUCAAACAUCAAUGGUUAAAGUUCAAGGGACGGAUGGGAAUGACUGACUAGCCAUACAGGGUUCUAUCGCAGGAGAAGGGUUUCGCCUCAGUAAGGUUGCUUCUGUCCUAACGGCCAUGUUGGACAUUAGGUAACCUCACUACAUUUGGAGCAAUGCUUGACGGGCUCAUCAGGGCAGAAGGAUGAAAAAAGAAGACGGCAUCCAGUCAAAAAAGAGAAGUGAUGUUUUAAACAGCUUGAAGUUGUUUCAAGUUUUGGGCCUCCUGUAUCACCUUUAUUUUGUUGAUCCUGUUACUGGUCUGCUAAAUCCACCUCGCAACUUAUCAAUUGUGUCAGAAAACUUCAUUCAUAUCCUGACAUGGGAACCGGGAGAAGAUGCUCCACUGACCACCCGCUACAUAGUGGGAUACUUCUCUUACAGCGCACUGCAUCAAUCAUUCAAUGCAUGCAUUCUGAUCAUGAACCGAACCUGUGAUCUAACAGAUAGCUUUAGUGACAUCUAUGGGAACUACUGGCCACGAGUUAAAGCAGUUACCAAAAAUGAUGAAUCCAACUGGACUGAUAUGGAUCACCAGUUUCAACCAUAUGAAGAUACACGCAUACGGCCACUUAAUGUUGAGCUCAUGGAAUCCCUUGUUGGAGUUCUUAAUGUGACUUUUGAUAUUCCAACACUCCCACCACUUAUUGCACACAGCUUAAGUGUUCAGUCAUUGGUAGAUAUCUACAUGACAUUGUCAUAUCACAUUACCAUAUAUAAAGAUGGAAAGUUGGAAAAGAACAGAGAUGUGUUGAAAAUGACAAGUGAAACGCAGGUGGAAGAAAUAUUUAAAAAAAUGGAACCAAAUACAGAGUACUGCUUCAUAAUAAAUGUAUAUUUCCACAAAGAGAAGACUGAUCCUUUGGAAAGGAAAUGUAUAAUCACACAAUAUGCAGAGAAAGAUGAGGCUACAGAAGCAUCUGCAACACUGCUAGUGGUUGUUUUUUUCCUUUUCGGUGCUGUGCUCAUCGUCAUCUUGAUACUAUUCAAAACAGAUUGUCUUACUUUAUUGGGCACAUACGUUCCACAAUCUCUGAAAAUUUUAAAAUACACCCAUUCUACCUACUAUUAUAAUGAUGUGCAAGAAAAAUUCAGCGUGAUGGACCAUAUUAGUAUCCAGGAACAGAAGAUACAAGGCAUUGAAGAAGAGAGUGAUGAGGAGUCAAUAAAUAUUGAGGAAUCAGGUUACGAACAGAAUACUCUGCCAAUGACUAUGCAGGACAGUGCCCAAAGUUCCGGCCUGUUUUCUGAUGGAAGAACAGAUGGAGCCAGCGCAGUGGCUUCUGAUGAUCAACAAUGUGAUUCUUUCACCAAGUUUGACGACUGUCUGAUGGCUCCCACGGAGGCAAUGAAAAAUGACUGUGUGGAAACUGAUCUAAUGAGCCAGCUGCAAAUGAACCACAGCAGAAAAAGCAGCUCAUCGUCUGCAAAUAUUGAUACUUCAGACGUUCCACUGUGCUCUGUCCAAAUCCAAGAUCCAGACUGCUGCUUUGUAGAAUUUUCAAGUGAACAGAUGUGUGAUCAGGAGUCAUGUGAAUCUACUACCACUGAAAAUAUUGAUAUGAGUGGUUUAUUAAACUCUGAGGUUUAUGAAAGCACUGAACUUCACCAUUCUGAGAAUCCUGGCCAGUGUGACAUACCAGACUGUUCAUCACUUCCCCAGACGAUACAAUCUAAUUACAUGAGACGCUGAAGGAGGUUUGCAAGAAACAGAUAUUAUGACAAUUACAACCACUUAACGUAUCCUCUGAGCUUUAGAAGUAGCCGCACCCAAUGAUCCGGCAUCAGUUGGAAUUACUUAAUCAAAGAAAUAUGAAUUUUCGCUUUUAGUACAGCAAGAAUCACUCGUCCGGCUAAGGGGAUUUAAAAUAUCUGAUUUUGUACAUCAACAAAUUUCAGAAUUUUUGCACAGUUACUUGGAAUAUAGGGUGGCAAAACGGCGCAGCCAGUAGAAGCUGCUGCCUCAGCUACAGAUCGCAUUGGUUUGCACACUACUUCGGCUCAGUGAUCUAGCUUCAGUCCCGAUCUGUGGUGCUGCCUCUGGAGCUUACUCCUUCUCCUCUGACUAGGUGGGUAUCACAUGUGCUGGUUGGCAGGUUAAUUGGACAACACAAGUUGCCCAUGCUGUGUAGCUGAGUGGCAAAAGUUGGAGAGUUGAUGGGAAUUUGAGGAGAAUAAAAUUGGUUAGGAUCAGUGUAAAUAAAGAAAAAUGCUGCUGGGGGGGCGGGUCAGCACAGACUCUGGGUGGAGGGCAUGCCUCCAUAACCUUCUGUAGACCAUUCAGCCCAUCAAAUGUGCUCCGCCAUUCCAUCAUAGCUGAUUUAUUAUUAUUCUCAAACACAUUCCCCUGCCUUCAGCCUGUAACCUUUGACACCGUGACUAAUCAAGGACCUAUUAAUUUUCGCUUUAAACAUAUCCAAACACCUUGCCUCCCAGUGGCAAUGAAUUCCACAGAUUUGCCACCCUCUGGCUAAAUAAAUUUAUCCUCAUCCUGUUCUAAAGGGACAUCCUUGUAUUCAGAGUCUGUGCUCUCUUCCUUACACUCUCCACGUCCACUCUAUCUAGAUCUUUCCAUAUUUGAUGGAUUUUAGUGAGAUCCCCCCGUCCCAUUCCUCUAAGCUCCAGCCCAGAGCCAUCAAACACUCUUCAUAAGUCGUAUGUAUUACUCUACGUAUUUAUAUUUUUACUAUAAGGUACAGUGGUAGACAAUAUGGCCCUCAAGCCUACUCUACCAUUUCACAUGACUGAUUUUCAUCGUUCAUUCCAUUUCCCCAUUCUUUCAAAAUAGCCAUUAAUCCCCUGAUUCCAGACCUGAAGGAAACAACUUUUCAGCAGCCAUUUUGUGUUGGUCUUUCUGAGUUUCAGGAAACAUUGUAUAUAGUCCUAAAAUUUUGUACUUUUUCAAAAUUUGGGAAAAAAAUCUUAAGUAGAAAUUUCAUAGUUCAAUGUUGGUUUGUUGUCACAAGUUGCAUUUCUCUGCCAAAACAAUGGGGCUUCAGAAUGGUGGGAAUGAGUAAUUGACUAGUGGUCAUCAUGUAGUGUGGAGAGUCAGGCUACAGAUUAUGAUGUACAUUGCUUGUGCUAAUAAUCCAUGGUGCCUCAUGGAUGCUCAGCUCUGAAUCCAUAGCAUGUAGCUUAAUUUAUGGUGUCACACAACACAAGGUGUGCUUUGUGUGAUCAGAGCAUUUCCUGCAGAAAAGUUGACACAGUGGUCAUUUUGCCAAAUCGAGCUACCUCUCACAAGCCAAUUCUGGUAUCUUGAGGGCUCACUGGUUUAGUCCACAAUGUGAUGUACAUUCUGUAUAGUUAUGUUCAGUGCAUUUCCAAACGUUGUUCACACAGAAUGCUGAUUUGUCAGCAAAGGGAAGGACAGUUAGCAAUAAUACAGACUCCCUUAUCCAUGUUUUGAUAUGAUGCCUUGAAAAUUCACAAUCUAGAUUUGAAAUAGAGAAUAAAACCGAACAAAUUACACAGCACUAAGCUAAGCCCCAAACCGGGGCAUAGCAAUAGCCUUAAAUCUUCCCCUCAAGGCAUGGAUAGCCAAGCAUCUAAAGCGGGAGAGCUGUCCCGCGAAUUUAUCAAGCAACAGUCAGAUUCCUCCGUCACAAUUCCUGGUACAUCCUGUACCAUCGACAAACAAAUCCACCCAAAAAAACAGCAUCGAUAAGAGGGAAUCUUCAAUAUUAGCUCCAGUCAGGAGCAAGGCUUUAAAUUUAAAGUUAAUGUUACUUUUCUGACAAUUGCUGAAAUUUUAACUUUUUAAGAAUUGUUUUUAUUAUUAAAAUUCUAAAAACAUAAUUCUGACUUACUGAAAAGACAUUCAAAGCCAAAGCUUUUAAAAUGGACAUGUCAUAGCUACUUCAGCUAAAAUGAUGCUACUUCAGUGAAUAUAAAUGUCUCAAUGUUCUUAUUGUCUAUUUAUGGUCAUUAAUUAUGGAUUUUGUUUAAGACUAAUAUGUACGUAAUGAAAAUCUAAAAUCCAUGCAUGUUUUAAUUGCAAGCCAAUAUUAACAAAUAGGAGGAUACAACGCCAUAAAACAAACUCGUCUUCCUGCCUGUGAGCACUUUUUCUGCCUAUUAGUGUGUUGCCUUCAACAUUCGCAAAUAUCAAACAUCAGUAGUUGCAGAUGCAGCAGCUUCUAGUUGCACUCUUUAUUUGUAAAGGGUUAUAUUAUGUUUUGUAACUCCAGAACAUAUAAUUAAUCAAAAGAAAAACAUGGAGAGACCGGGAGAAUGUGUAUGCUUCAGUUUUGCUUCUAGCGAGGCGCACACAUAUAUGAUGUGGCAUGAUGACUUAUGCCAUUCAUAUACUUUUACAUAUAACCUGUAAUUAAUUAUUUAUACAAAGAAUGCUUAAGCAAUAUAUUAACAAUAUUACUCAAAUAUUGCUGAUAUAUACUAAAUACACAACAGUUUACAUAACUCAUUCAUAUCUCCUUUGGCACUUGGAAUUUGGUUGUCCUAACUCAGACGCCUUGCAUCAGUUGUUUGAUGGUUAGCCACCCAACCACUACUCCAUUAUGUCUACCUUAACCUUAAGGUGGUUAUAGCCUGGGGGUGGUAAUGGGGACAAGCUCCCACCACCCAUUAAAUGCUCCCAAUGGCGUGCGCCUCAAAUUACCCCUGACAACCAAGUCCAGCUCCUGGCCUUCACGUGUGGUUUAGAUACUAAGCCUGGCAGAACCGUUUCUACUGACUGGAGAAGGGGCAAAGGCAGGUUGCUGGCACCUUAAAGCCAGUCGCUUCGGACAGAUGGAGCUUGUCAGCCGUGGAUGGUAGCGCAUCUAGGAGAGGGGAAACUCUGAUCUUGAACCUCCGCUGUCUUGCGGCUAUACCUGCUCAUGGGGAAAACUUCAGGAGUAAACCCCAAGGGAAAAGUCCGGAGCUGGAGUCCCUAAGGCAGUCCUACAUUGAGUUCAACGCUGACUAGCAACUCCUGUGAUGCUGCUGGUAUCGAACUGUAUCAGUCUCUGCCAUUCCUUUGGGUUCCUUCAUGGAGCUUGCUACAUGGGCAACAGCUUGCUCUCCAUAUCGUGUUACCCAGGCUUUCUAGACAGCUUGGACACGACAUCCGUGGUUGAUUCUGACUGAAAGAGGCCUCACUCUCUCACUACUUUAACACAUCAACCCAAAACAGUCAAGUCGGCAGUGCAUGACUUCGUCUAUCUUGACCCCAUUUCACAUAAGGUGGCUAUGUAGUAUGUAUCUCUAUAUAGCUGUCUACAUUCUGCUGAAAACAAUAGCAUGCACAAUGCCACCUUAAUCAAAUACAGCUACUACCUGAAAUGUUCAGUCAAUCAAGCUACAUUAGCAGGGAAAAAGGUAGAGUUAACAUUUUGACUAAACAUACUUUGUUGCAGGAAAUGUAGCAGAUACGACAAAUACGAGUGCAGGGAAAGGAUUGGUGCAAGGGAUCUGGAGAAGAUGAGAAUAAGAAAAGCAGCAGCAGCAGGAAAUUGUUCUUCAUUACAAAGCCUGGUGGCUUCCUUUGACCCUAAGUGUUGCAAUCAUGGGCUGGAGGACGUGGACAGGGUAUUGUCCAGAACAGGGCCAAGUGUUGGGUAGGGUAGAAUUUAAGAAACUUUCUCCCCGUGGCAGAGGACAUCAAGUGAAAAGAAAGGGAUUUGGAGGGAAUCUGAGGAAAAACAUUUUCCAGCAGGGUGUUGCUGGAAUCUGAAUGCACUACCUAGGAUUAGUUGAAGUGGAGAGCAGGCAGGAACAAAACAGAAAGUUAAAGACAGAGGUAAAAGAAAAAUUAGUCUGUAUAUGUGUAAUCUAACUGGCAUUUAUGCUUAAAUGAUAUACAGGAUAUGUAACUGAGGACAGGAAAUGUUGCUAAAAGGUGAAGCACAAAUGGGGACUUGAGCAUUCUGCCUCUAAAUGGAUUGUGAACUCCCUUUUCCAUCUAAUACAUUUUACUCUACAAAUGUAUUGCAGUAUUAUCCACUACGUACAGCUAUUCUAUGCCAAGCAACAAAUACCACUUCCAACCGUCACAUUUCAUUAAAGAUUCCACUUCCUCAGCAGUGGUUUGAUUGCAAUACUGAACAUCCUCUCAUUUUGUUGAAAUACAAUUGUCGGUCAUAAAUCCAAAGUCAAUUGUGAGAAUGGUUUAAAAACUGUUUGUGGCUUAAUCUUAUUUUGGGAGUGCUUACAAAUCUUCAUGUCAGUUCUCCAUAUCACAUUCAAAACUUUAACAAUUUAUGGAAAACAUUUAAUCAUCCUCAAAAUGAGUGUGUUUACUAACAACGUUGCUACCCAUCCUGCAGUGUAUUUGCGGGUUGUCUGUGAAACAGCGCUAUGGCUUUGGUAAAUGCUAACUACAGUAAUCUCUGCAAGAAACCAGGAACUAAGCAACAGAUGUAUAGAGCUCAUUGCAAACAACAUCUGAUGUCGUAGGCUUCAAUUGCAUGUGUGAUUAUAAUGCAAGAUUUGCCUACAUAAUUGCAUAAAUAUGUAUCAAAAUUAUCCCUCUUUCAAAAAAUGUGAAAUACUUUUAAUUGCACACAACAAUUAUAGGUUCAGUCUCGGGCACAUACGGAAGACUAUAGACCUUAAAACAUAGGAGCAGAAUUAGGUCUUACAGCCUUUCAAGUCUGCUCUGGCAUUUCACUAUGGCUAAUCCAUUUCCCUCUCAUCCCCAUUCGCCUAGUUCUCCCUGUAACUUUUCAUGCUCUGACCAAUCAGGACCCUAUAAACCUCUGCCUUAAGUACACCCAGUGACCUAGUGCCCACAGCCGCCUGUGGUAACUAAUUCCAAAGAUUCACCACCCUCUGGCUAAAGAAAUUCUUUCUCAUCUCCAUUGUCUGGUUUUCAUUCUACUGGUGGCCAUAGCUCAAGGAAAACUAUUGUUCAAGGGCUGCAUUUUACAUUCAAUCUACAAUCCACGUUCAUGUCUGAAGAAUGAUUGCUGUUGAACUUAAUAUUUAUUAUAUACUGUAACUCCAGAAUAUGCCCCAAGAUAAUUUAAAAAAUGGGAUCAAUGUACCAUAAAUGUGUACUUAGAAACAUAGAAAACAUACAGCACAAUACAGGCCCUUCGGCCCACAAAGUGUGCUAAACAUGUCCCUACCUUAGAACUACCUAGGCUUUAUCCAUAUCUCUCUAUUUUUCUAAGCUCCAUGUAGCCACUCAGGAGUCUCUUAAAAGACCCUAUUGUUUCCACCCCCACCGCUGCUGCCGGCAGCCCAUUCCACGCACUCACCACUCUGCAUAAAAACUUACCCCUGACAUUUCCUCUGUACCUUCUUGCAAGCACCUUAAAACUGUGCCCUCUCGUGUUAGCUAUUCCAGCCCUGGGAAAAAGCCUCACACGAUCAAUGCCUCUCAUUAUCUUAUACACCUCUAUCAGGUCACCUCUCAUCCUUCGCCACUACAAGGAGAAAAGGCCAAGUUCACUUAACCUAUUCUCAUAAGGCAUGUUCCCCAAUCCAGGCAACAUCCUUAUAAAUCUCCUCUGCACCCUUUCUAUGGUUUCCAUGUCCUUCCUAUAGUGAAGCAUACUUGGUAUUGGUGGGCUUAAUAUCCUGUUUCUGUGUAAUAUAAUUCCAUAACAUGAUAAAUUUAGUUACCCCAGUUGCCAUGGUAACUGUCACUGGAUUGUUAGUCUAGGCUUUGGAAUGUUAGUCAGAAUCGGGUUUAAUAUCACCAGCAUGUGUCAUGACAUUUGUUAACUUAGGAGCAGCAGUACAAUGCAGUACAUGAUAAUAUAGGGGGGAAAAGUGAAUCAAGUACACUAAGUAUCAAAUAGUUAAAUUAAAAAUCGUGCAAAAACAGAAAUAAUAAAAAAGUGAGGUAGGGUUCAUGGGUUCAAUGUCCCUUUAGGAUUCAGAUGGGAAAGGGGAAGAAGCUGUUCCUGAAUCACUGAGUGUGUGUCUUCAGGCUUCUGUACCUCCUUGCUGAUGGUAACAGUGAGAAAAGGGCAUGUCUUGGGUGAUGGGAGCCCUUAAUAAUAAAUACUACCUUUCUGAGACAUUUCUCUACUGCAGAGGCUGGUGCCCAAGAUGGAGUUGACUAGUUUUACAACUUUCUGUAGCUUCUUUCAAUCCUGUGCAGUAGCCUCCCCCCCCCCCCACCCCAGACCAGACAGUGAUGCAGCCUGUCAGUAAUUUAAUGCAUGGGAGGUUGCAGGUGCAGGACUUCAAAGCAACAAUCUGCUUCAAAAACUUAAGUUGAGCAGCAUUAAUGAAGGGAAUUGUCUAUGUUUUGAGUUGAAAUUCUGCACCCAAACUGAAUUAUGUUUCUACACAGAAUUGUACUGGGGAUCGCUUGUAGGUGAAAGUUCUGUAUUUUUAUCUCCCUCUGUUUGGAGGCUGUAGUGGCAGAGACAAUUUCUCAAGGACACAAUGGAACAAUGAAUGGUCUAGCUCUAGAAAGAAAAUGGCUGCCCUGGAGUGCUGAUAUGAGGUGGAGAGUAGUAGAUCAGAUGGGUGGGAACUUGACGCCAAGUAGGAGUACAGCCGUCAUCUUGUCAACCUUACCCAAUUAAACUGCAAACAUGGAUCAUGUGAAGCGUAUGCGUGCACUUACACAAGUUCACCCCCUAGUACUAAGAAAAUAUGAAUUUAUAUCUUCCCCAGCUCCCUUGGUUAACAGACAGGUGAUAAGUUUAAAAAUAUACUACCAUGGCAUCUUGGGUAUUUCAAUUCACAGAGACACAUAGCAUCAAGUCUGCACCCACAUUAAUUCCAUCACCGGGGUUUCAGACAAUGAAAAAAAUAAAUUAGGUAGGAGAUUUGUAUGGGAUUAAUUGGGAAAUUGUUGUAUGGUUGCACGCACAUUUUAAAAGUAGAAAAAAUUGGGCACGUCCUCUGCAUUUGUCGAUAAUAGACGAAAAUUAAACACAUUCCUUCUCUGGAGAAAUAUGUUGCCGCAUAGGAAAACAUCGUGGAAACACCAAUGUUUUUGGUAAGAAAAGUGGUCAGCUUUGUAAGAAUAAUUACUCCAAAUCGAUAAAACCAAAAACCAAAGCUGUAAACACGAGGAAAUUUGCAGAUGCUGGAAUUUCAAGCAACACCCAUAAAAGUUGCUGGUGAACGCAGCAGGCCAAGCAGCAUCUCUAGGAAGAGGUACAGUCGACGUCUCGACCCGAAACCAAAGCUGUAACCGUGAGCACUCUCCCGGGGAACAUUAUUACACAUAGGAAUACAAUAUCCAAUGAUGUUAUAACUAGAGAGUUAUAAUUAUAACAUCCAAUGAUGUUAUUAUAAAUAUUGUGCGAGAAUUCUGAGCAAUCACUCUCAGACUUCACUAAACCUAGCAGAACUAAGGUGUAAUACAUAUUAGGCGAUACUUUUAACGGUUUCGUGUCGAUGUUUGUUAAGAAAAUAUGAGUGAGAUUUAUCUGUUUGGAGCAGGAUAUUUUCAUAAUUCACUGAGUCGUCGGUUUCAGUCGAGCUCGAUACAAUUAGCCACACAGAUCCGCCCCUGUACUAAGCUGGCACGGAUGCAUAGAGAUGUUUAAAAGCUAUUAAAAGCGUUUAUAAUAAUUUAAAACGCUUAAUGCAAAUAAACUUUAAUGAAUUAAAUUAAUGUCAUAAAGAGUUAAAUAUUAUUAUAAAACAUCGUUAAGAGCGUCAGCAAGUUGUAUUUGCCUGCCCGAUGUUUUCGAUUAGCCUGGAGCGUGCAGUGAACAGAACGUGAUCCCCACUGAUCUACAUGCAAGUACAGAGCAGCUGUUUGCUUACAGAUAAGCAAUAUCCUUGGCAGUCAAACAUUAAUGAAACAAUAUUAUAGUUUCCUCCUUUAAGUAGUUAAAGUUAUCUGAGUAAACAAUACCAAAAAUGAAGUUAAUCAUUUUAAGUUAUUCAACAUUAUUAUGAAGUCAUUCCUCUGCAGUGAAAUGAGAACUUCUGUUCAUGUCAAACAAAUAAAAGUGCUGAUGCUA